AUGGCGACGCCAACGAGCAACGCCAAUUUCGCCGGCAAAAAGCUGAAUAUCCUCGUUUAUUCCGGUUCGCUUACUUAUUCCGCGACCCAACUGAGCCGUUUUCUGACCACCGACUUCUCGACAGGAAAUGGAACCACCGUUGACUCAGUCCGGCACUGCCUCUACACCCUCCGCCGCCUGCUCGCCCACCGCUAUGCCGUCAUCCCCGUGACGGGAGAUAUGCUGCUCAAAGAGCCAUGGAUGACUACGUGUGCCAUGUUGGUUAUGCCCGGCGGCGCAGACAUGGGAUACUGUCGCACACUCAACGGUGCGGGGAAUCGGCGCAUUGCGCAGUAUGUCCACAAUGGCGGGAAAUACCUGGGUCUUUGUGCUGGCGGCUACUACGGAUGCAAGAGAUGCGAGUUUGAAGUGGGUGAUAAAACAAUGGAGGUUGUCGGCGACCGCGAAUUGGGAUUCUACCCGGGCAUCUGUCGGGGCGGGGCAUUUCCGGGCUUCGUUUACCAUAGCGAGGCGGGGGCACGCGCUGCGGGGCUUGAGGUGGCUAAGGAGGCUUUGAGUAUUGGCACUGUGCCGACGAGCUUCCGUUCGUACUACAAUGGUGGCGGUGUUUUCGUUGAUGCGCCAUUGCUUGCGGACAAGGGCGUGGAGGUCCUUGCGAGUUAUACCGACGCAUUGAAUGUCGAUGCGGGGGAGGGCGCGGCUGCUGUUGUUUAUUGUGAAGUCGGCAGUGGAGCAGCAAUCUUGACGGGGCCUCAUCCUGAGUUUGCUGCUGCUAAUCUCGACGCGAAGGCUGGUGGACCUGAAUAUGCAGACAUGGUGGCGGCACUCGCCGCUGAUGACAAGGAACGUACAGACUUCUUGAAGGCUUGUUUGUCUAAGAUUGGUCUUGAGGUCGCCCAAGAUACGACGACAGUGCCUUCACUGUCGUCCUUACACAUGUCUGGAAUUGAUGCCGAUGGCCCCAUGGAUAUUCUGUCGGGCCUUGGGGCUUCGUUCACGCAGGACGGUCAGACGGAAUGUCUCAAGGACGAUCACGAUACAUUCCGCAUUGAGCGCCCUGGAACAUGGAAUCUUGGUGAUAUAGAAGAAUCGCUUCACGAAGUACCCUCGGAGCCCGAGGGUAUCAUUGAUUACCAGUCGAUCACGAAACGCCUUGUGUUUCAUGAUGACAUACCGUCUGCGAAGCUAACUCCAUAUUUUAACCAUAAUUCGUUCUAUUCCCACCUCCGCCAAUACCAAACCGAGUCUAAGGGAGAUGCCUCGACAUUUGGGUCUAAUAUCUUAUAUGGCGAGGUAGUGACCAGCACGAACACGAUGCUUGAAAAGAACAUCAAAUUGCUUCGUCAGUUACCUCAAGGAUUCACGGCUACCGCUACAGUGCAGAUCGCUGGACGCGGACGUGGAUCCAAUGUCUGGGUUUCCCCAAUGGGCUCUCUCAUGUUCUCGACGGUGCUGCGACACCCUAUGGACAAAAUGCAAUCUGCACCAAUCGUCUUCCUUCAAUACAUAGCAGCCAUGGCUGUAGUUAGAGGAAUCAAGAACUACGCCAAAGGCUACGAGCAAAUACCGGUCAAAAUGAAGUGGCCGAACGACAUUUAUGCACUGGACCCAGAUGAUCCCGAACAAAAACGAUACACAAAGAUCUGCGGCAUCCUAAUCAACUCCCAUUUCAUGUCAAACGAGUACAUCUCCGUCGUCGGUAUCGGGCUUAAUGCCACCAACGCUUCCCCGACAACCGCAUUAACCACCCUCGCCGCACGCUACGCCCCAGGCGCUGCCACCGCUUCACCUAUCACGCUCGAGAGACUCCUCGCCCGUAUUUUGACUACGUUCGAGAGCUUGUAUACCCGCUUCUUGCGCACAGGCUUCGACCGCGGCUUCGAAGAAAUGUAUUAUGCGGACUGGUUGCAUAUGCACCAGGUUGUUACGCUUGAAGAGGAGGGCGGCGCCCGCGCUCGCAUUCAGGGUAUCACCCGUGAUUUUGGUCUCCUGCUAGCUGAGGAGCUGGGGUGGAAUGAUCGUCCGACGGGACGUGUAUGGCAGCUGCAGAGUGAUAGCAAUAGCUUCGAUUUCUUCCGUGGGCUGGUUAAGCGGAAGGUAUAG